AUGGUACAAUAUAAUAAACUCUUUUUCUUUAUUAAAAUUUUCUCGAUUACCCUUUUAAUAUGGAUAUUCCAGAAUUCCUAUGAGACAAGUAUCUCUGUCAAAUUAUGGAAUAAGAAAGUCAACCUAAAUAAUAUGUUAGAUGUAAGAGGAAACAGAUUAUUAUAUGGAGAAACAGAUUUAUAUUCACAACAGAGUUAUGAAUACUUAAAAGAAAAUGCAAAGAAUAUAGUAAAUGAAGAUAAAUAUAUUUUCGGAAAUAAAUUAAAUACAUUAAUGAGUAAUUUUUAUUUACCAGAAGACUUUAAAAUAUUAUUGAAUGAAGAACAAUAUCAAAAACAAAAUAAUUCAUUAGAAUUUAAGGACAAUUUAAAUAAUUCCAAUGAUUCCUUAAUAUCCGAUGCUUCUACUGAUACAAGAUAUGCAGAAUUAAAAGAAGAACCAUUUCGAAUGAAAACACGUAAGUCAAAAAAACAAAAUAUAUCAUCAUUGAUACAUGAAUACUUGAAGAAAUUAGAUAAAAAAUAUGAAAAAGAAGUAGUAAAACUAUUGACUAGUGGAUUUAAAAGGUCAAAUAAAAUUAUACUGGGAGAUAAAGUAAAUAUCAUAAACAUUUUUAUGGUUUUUACACCAUUUAUAAUAACCAGUUCUAUCUUAUUUGUCUCUAUCGCAUGUAAAUCUCCUUUGUACAUUUUAGUAUCAAUUUUGCUAGUUAUAUUAACAGUAUUAUAUGUUUCAUUUAAAGUAAUGAAAAAUCUUUAUAAGCAUAAAGAAAAAACAAGUAAUUAUAGGAUAUAUUCUAAACCCUCAUUAGGAUAUAACACUAGAUUCUGA